GGGGAGGGCCGGUCCUCACCGUCCUGUCCCUGCAGUGGCUCCGCGGGCCGCGUGGUGCUGUCCCGGGAAGACAAGGAGGCCGCCAAGUUGGGGCUGUCAGUGUUCACGCACCAUCGGGUGGACAGUGGUGGCUCGGGGGCCGCCGCUGCCGCGGCCAGGAAGAAGCCACGCGCCGAGGACAAGGAUGAGCCUGGUACUGAAAGCCACAAGAAAAGCAAGAAGGAAAAAAAGAAAAAGAAGAAGAAAAAACACAAGAAAGAGAAGAAGAAGAAAGACAAAGAGCACUGGAAGGAGGUUGAUGCCUCGUCUCCCUCUCCUGAUCGGCCUGGGCGCUGCCGGCAUGAUUCUGAUUCCUCCUCCCCCUGCUGCAAGAGGCGGAAGCAGGGACAUAGUGGGGACAGUGGAAGAAGCCCAUCCCACAGACAGCAGAACAGAGGCUGUGAUGCCUGAGACUGUGGCUGAGCUGCUGGAUACCACAGCCUCUGCUACCCCAAGCUGGGACCUGGGACACUGCUGGGCUCUGGGACGACUGGACCCUGUGGAUUCUGAGUGACUGCAGCUACCCCACCUUAACUGCCUCCUGGGUGUACCAUAGGGGAGCUCCUGUCUGGGUGAGCAGGUGCUGCUAAGGCUUGGGAGCCAGCUGGCAGGCUCAGACCAGAGGUAAAGUUGCUUUAUGGAGACUGCUUGAGUCUUGCGCUGCCACCAAGUGAAGGUUAGUCUACGCAGGAAGCUGUCUUGUCCAUGGCUGCAGUGGUCCAGGCCUCCUCUGAGGCUUAGCUAUGACCAGGUGGUUACUUUUUCUUCAUAUCAACUCACUUUAUACUUAAAUAAAUUUUAAAAGGAGAAUGUAUCAUACUGAGUGGGAGGUCAGUGUGGAGUUACAAAGCACCUUAUUGGGAGGGUAAUAAUAGUGGUCCAGGGCAUGCAUGUCUUCCAACUUCCCUUCUAGGGACCUCCAUGUUUGCCAUGUAGUCUUGGCUGGGCCAUGGUGAUUUUAAACAUCCUAGAUCCCAAGUCCUUCUUGUGUAUGGCCAGGCAGGGUCUGGUGGUCCAGUGCCCAGUGGGGUGGGGGACAAGAGCUCUUGUCAGCCUUGAACGCCUUACAGGCAGACAGGUGAGGUCCAGCAGCAACAGUCUUGGCUGAGGUAGGGGUAUACUUGAAGCCUCUGGGGCACCUUCCCCUGCCUGUGAGAACCAGCCUAGCUCCUUCCUGGGUGACAUGUGAAAGCCACAAGUGGGUUGCUAUGUUCUUUUGCUCUUGAUUCUAGAAGAAACAGUGUUGGAAGUGGCCCAGGGAAGACUGUGAAGGUAUCUGUAGAGAUCUAGGCUUGAGCCCAGGGUGUUAGCUAAGUGUUUCUGCUGCCUGCCCACAAGUGCAAGGUCCUGAGUUCAAUCCUUGAUACACACAAAACGGAUCUAGGCUUGUCUUGGCUUCACUGAUCUUAGCAUGCCUGAGCACAGAAUGCUGUUCUCUCAGGCGUGCAAUGCAGGUCAAUCCACCCUGCGAGGACAACCCCUGGACACUACAUAGGAGGGCAGACUUUGAACUUGGAGGUCAUAACCACCAAGGGACAGGAGUGGGUCCUUCAUUCUGCAGGCACAAAGUACCCUAUGGCUGGCAAUGUGUCUGCACAGAGAGAAGACAAGCACAGGCCUCCACGGCACUGACUUCCCCUCUCACGUGCAUAAUGAAGCUUGACCUAGAAAGCAGGGGUGUCCAGGGCUGAGGCCACCUGCAGUUUCUCCCACCUUGUCCACUUCCCAGGAGGCAACCUGGUGACACAAACACUGGAGAGCCUGUGAAAUAGUUAAGAGACUUUAUUCUAAUAGCUAUAAUUACAGUGCUUGUCAAAAUGAAAACUGAAAACAAGUAUACAAAACGGUUGAUUACUAAUCGUGUAUUGAAAGCAGUAAGAGGUUCCACAACACCAAAUAAACCAGUUCUGAAGUUUCCCCAAGAUAAAUUUAACAGCUCCAGCUUCUUCAGUGUUUAUCAAAAUACAAAAGAAAAAAAAAAAA